GUAAAGAAUAACAAGUAUUUAUUUAUACGCAGUUCCAUAGGAUUUCUCCCUCCUCCUCUUCCCCCCGAUCAUGCAAAUUAAUACUUUAACCCUUUCGCUACGGCGAAACUCGCCGCCUGAAUGAAUCAGUUGACGCGUGUGUGUGUGUGGGGGGGGGGAGCCCGUGGAAAAUUGAAACAAUAACUGUUUAAUGGUAAAAAAAAUGGAAAGACGAUAAAAGAAGAAGAAGAGAAAAUUAAAUGAUAUACGUUGGACAAAACACCGAUACCUCGACAACUACAUAUUUGUUAUUUGAGUAAGCGCCGUCACCCGAUAUGUAGCAUAACGUUUGCUUCAUUUCGAGCGACUGUAGUCGCCCGUAGUACGUGGACAGCAUCUCGUGGCGGGUGACUAUAGUCAUCCAUAGUGUGUGGACAGCGUCUCGCGACGGGGGUUACUACAGUCACCCGUAGCAACGAAAGAGUUAAUUCAGAUCGGUGCUAUGCGACGCAGACAAGUGCGUUUAUGCAAUGUCACGACGUAAUGUCGUGACGCCAAAUGCGGUUUUAACGUCAGGAUCGCAUGACCAGUUGACCACUAUAUUUUUUCAAGUGUACAAUCGUGUGUGUGUACACGAGUAUUUGCAUAAAGGCCAUGGUGAAAAGCCGGUGGUGAAAAUACAACAUGCGAUCGAUGCUCGCGUGUGCGUUCGUUUCGACGUCGCAGUGCUAAAGAAUCGAAAAUCCUCCUUCAAACUACGUACGCCUACUUCAAUUUUAGGGUGGAUUUUACGCAACCUGCGAUGGAGUCAACAGUUUGAUUGCACUUUCAAAAAACACGCAGACGAACGAACGGUGCACGUCUAUAGUAAAAUAAAUGAUAGGAAACGCACGAAUAAUACUGCGAUAUUUACACUCCUCGAGCUUAUCCGUAUUUAGAUUACAAACACACUUUGACGUUUUCAGGAAAGGAGUGUCGCGCUAGUAGAUUACGCGAGCCCCGCAUUUCGAAGUAGUUGAGCUGAACGAGUAGUUGACCGAAGGCAACAUGCAUAAUGUUAAAUUCGGCUCAUUUGACUUUAAUCGAUCGCAAAACUAUCCACAUCGUCUGCUCUUUGUCACGUUGAUGUUCACUAUUUGUGUCAUCGUGAUACCGUUGCGGGGUAUGGCUGAUCGAUCCAUCAUCCUGCGAAAUUUUCUGAAACGUUCGAACCAGCAGUCGGACGCAUCAGCGAGAUUAGCAUCCUGCAUGACAACAUUCAUCAGCGAAUACUUCGAAGAUCCGGAUCACAUGUCGCUUUUAUUACCGCAAGUGUUGCGAACCACUUCCGGCUUGGUGGAAACGUUGUUGAAGAAAUUACACGGAAGAAGCAGCACCGUCUACACAUUGGACGUACGACUGACAGACACGAUGCUCAAGUACGAAAUCUCGCCGAAUGUGAUCAUUCUGUCGGAGAGUGUGAUCGCUCUCGAGAAGAGCGAUUUCUCUUUUAUGAACUACUACAAGCACGAUUGCAAUUUGGUAAUAGCGCUAACGAAUCCAUUCGUCGAUGAAGAGAGCUUCCUGAAUGAUGUCGGUGCGCUGACACAAGGGAUGCGGUUACGAUCGAUCCCGAAACUCGCGAUAUUGGCGUCAGUCGAAGAGGCAGUUCUAUUCGCCGACAGCCUCGCGGUCCGGAUCGGCAAAUCGUACGCACCUGCGAAACCGAGACUGCUCGGCAGAUGCGGACGCAGAUCCGCUGCCAAUGCAAUUCGAUGGAGCUUCGCAGACAAAACGGAAUCGUGGCCCGUCGCUUCUACCAUAAACGCGGCGAUAUUCGACAAUUUUCCAUACGCAUUUAUCACCAAGGACAAUGCGGGCCGCCCGAUAUUCGGAGGAAUCGAAGGCUCGAUGGUGGAGGAAAUCGUACGUAGCAUGAACAUCGAACUGAAGAGGAAAGUGAUCAACUGGACGGACAAUAGCACGAUCCAGGAAGAGCUGGAUCUGAGACUUCUCAACGCCAGCGACGAUUUAGUGUUCGGCGGUUGCUUCCGGUAUCCUCAUCUGGAAACGCAAUACACCGUUUCUUACGGUAUAGUGUACGUCACGUGGAUGGUACCGACGUUCCCGAACGUGUCCCUGCGUGGUUUGAUAGCUUCGUUCAAUCCGAGUGUUUGGUACGCGAUAAUCUGCACGUUCAUUGUCGGCGGACUCGCGAAAUUUCUUAUUCGCGAUAUUUCCAUACUGAAUAUUGCGGCACUGGUUCUCGGAGUCUCGCUACAGCGUCAGCCGGCGAGAAACUCCAGCAGGAUUCAGUUUAUAUCUUGGACUCUGUUCGGCUUCUUCCUCACGCAAUUUUAUCUAGGAUCGCUAGCUGAUCAACUGAUAAGAACAUCGGAUGAACAACUAAACACCAUGGAAGAGUUAGUUGAUUCUGGAUUAAUGUUAGGCGGACUCGAUCAGUACGUCGAUUUGUUAAAAACGUCCAACGACACUGACGAGCAUGAAAAGAUUAUGCGAACGAUUUAUGAUAAGUAUAUUCUUUUUGAGAAAGACGUUUAUGCUAAACAAUUUCUGGAUCUCGAAGAGGGGGAAAACUCUAGCUUAGCUCUUCUCGUGACGUUGAAUUUGACGAGUAUCCAUCAGAAAUCUCGGAAACAUGUUCACAUUAUAGACGAAACCGUGGUCAGUUAUCCGUUAGCUCUAGGUACUUGGAAAGGUUUUCCAUACUUGAAAGAAUUCAAUUUCAAGAUUCAAGCGCUCAUUCAAGCCGGUUUUAUCAACUUUUGGGCAAAGAAGGCAAUAUUAUACAGUGAGGAUUAUUAUGAAAAACCUGACGAAGAAGAGGACAAUAAAUCAACACUCGACCUGAAUGAUAUUGCACCGGCUUUUCUUCUUUUAAUAAUAGGAUAUCUCGGUGGAAUUUGUCUGUUAAUUAUGGAAGUUAUUUUCUAUCCAUCUCGAAUUCUUAUGUAAAUUCACUCUGAAAUAUCUUUAUCUUAUCUACGUCUAUUUUUUACAUGCAUUAUGUUAUUUUAAUUAGAGGCGACAUUACUAAUAUUGCUCGUUUCCGAGAAUACUUUCAUCUCGUUUUGAAAAAAAAGUUCUUCGGUGACGCGAUAAUUAUCUCAGCUCAUUAACCGAUCAUAAUAAAUCUAUCGAGAUCCCGCGGUAUAUUUAACCAUGUCUCUUAGCUGUCCCGCAGCGAGUUAAUUAGAAAAGUUCCAAGUUCAUUUCAUUAAACCUCUCUCUGUUUAGCUUGCCGAAGGAGGCGGCGGAACUUUUAGUGGUGAAAUGUCGAUUUUACAAUUUGCGUAGCUGUACUAUUCGUAGAGGAGAUUGUAUUCACUGUAAUCCAAUUGAAGCACGCUGUUCGUAUCUUGCAACUGUGUUUCUAGUACAUGGUAUAAAAAUAUGAUAACAAUUAUAGUAUAUGUAUAGUAUAAAAGUAUCGUGUCUCUUAUCCUUCUUUGUCGCAAAAGCAUUUUCCGUUAAAUAUACCAAUCGAUAGGAAAAUCUUGAAAAAAGUUAAGGCAGUUUUUAAAGAAAUAUAUGCAAACGUUAGAUGUGCCGAGUUUUGCCAGGUGUUCUUUCGAGGAUUUAUCCUUUUAGCUCGUAUUCAUCUUGAAAAAACGUCUUCAGCAACGUAGAGUUUAACUUUAGCAACAUGUAUUUACGAUAUACCGACUUUUAAUACUAGUGACCAACUUUUGGCAUUUUUUUGAACACGUGUUUCCACACAUCUUCUCAUGUUUCGUGAAAAAUUCAAGCAUUUUUUUGCGUUGUGCUAUUGGCACGGUCUCGAAUUUCAUAUUUGAUUAAAUUCAAUGCGAUGUAUCACGAUGCUUAUUCAACCUUGUACGCGAUUGAUCGCUAUUGGAAAUUUUAGCAGUAUUUACUUUUGCAGAAUACGUUUUGUCGAUGAAAAUGUUAACUGCAACAGUAGCUUCUGACAACUCUACAUUCUACAAUUUUAGUGUUCAGUGGCUUUUUACGGUUACUGUCACAGAUACCAAUGUUUCGCAUUAAUCGAUGAUGGUUUGAAGACAUUAUCAACGAUUCGCUGAAAACUGCCUCUUUUUCGUUUGAAAUUGUAUUUACGCUUGUAUAACAUUUCAAUUGCAAUCUCAAAUUAUCACUAUGCUCAAAAGAAACGUAGCAAAUAAAUGACGAUACGAUUAAAUUAUUCGUCCUUAAUCUAACUUGAAAAAAUAAUUACACGAUUUUAGCGCAUAUCGCAGCGCUGUUGCAUCAAUCAUGUUAAACUUUUGUGUCUUAUACAUCAUCGAUAAUUUUGCAAUAGAUCAAAUAUAAACAUCAUGGAACGAGAGGAGAUGUAUAAUUAGCAGUUAAUAAACUAUAGAUAAUAAGAGAAGAUACGUUUCAAAUUACCCUUCAAAUCCUUUCCCAUUUAGUAUAUUACGUAAUAUAUUAACAACACA